AUGUCGAAUCAACGAGCAAAAGCUCGCACAGCCAUAGAGGAGCCAGACAGCACAGAGCAAGGCAUUCAAGACUUGCAAGAGGCUUACUCGCAAUCCAACGAGGCGAUGGCGUCGCAGGAAAUGAAGGAUGUGUCCGAGCAUGUGAAUGAAAUCCUUGCAAACAACAAUGCUGAGGGCACGAAGGCCGGAGACAUCGGUCAGACGAUCUUAGAUCAGGUCAAGGACAAGACAGGGGUCGACCUGCAGUCUGACGAUCUACGCAACAAGGCCGGAGACAUCGGUCAGACGAUCGUAGAUCAGGUCAAGGACAAGACAGGGGUCGACCUGCAGUCUGACGAUCUACACAACAAGGCCGGAGACAUCGGUCAGACGAUCGUAGAUCAGGUCAAGGACAAGACAGGGGUCGACCUGCAGUCUGACGAUCUACGCAACAAGGCCGGAGACGUCGGUAAGACGAUCGUAGAUCAGGUCAAGGACAAGACAGGGGUCGACCUGCAGUCUGACGAUCUACGCAACAAGGCCGGAGACAUCGGUCAGACGAUCGUAGAUCAGGUCAAGGACAAGACAGGGGUCGACCUGCAGUCUGACGAUCUACGCAACAAGGCCGGAGGCAUCGGUCAGACGAUCGUAGAUCAGGUCAAGGACAAGACAGGGGUCGACCUGCAGUCUGACGAUCUACGCAACAAGGCCGGAGACGUCGGUCAGACGAUCGUAGAUCAGGUCAAGGACAAGACAGGGGUCGACCUUCAGUCUGACGAUCUACGCAACAAGGCCGGAGACGUCGGUCAGACGAUCGUAGAUCAGGUCAAGGACAAGACAGGGGUCGACCUUCAGUCGGAGGAAGCGAAGGCGGCAGUCAGCGCGAUGGGCGGGGCGGUGGUCUCCCUCGCCGUGGAGGAGCAGCUGAGAAGCUUCUGUCAGAGCUCGGAUUGCCAGGAGGUGCAGGAGGCGGUCGGGAGGGAGCUGGUGAAGGUCGCGGGGAUGCUGGGUGAAGUUCAGAUCCCCUUCAGCCUUGACAGUGUCGUCGGAGCCUUCGGGGUGCUGGGAGACGUCGCGUACGCAUGCCCGAUGUUGGCACCGGCCAAGUACAACCGAGAGCAGGCGGACUUCAUGCGGGAGCGAGUCGAUGGCAUCUCAGCGACGAUGAAGCGACUGAGCGCGAACCUGCAGCAGAAAGGAGCCAAGGACAGCGCGUCUGUGCUGGAGCCUCUGCUGGAGGUUCUCAAGGAGGCGUUCGAGUACAUCUCGCGGAUCACGAGACGAGGUUUCAUGAAGUCGCUCUUCACCUACUCCGCCGACAGAAAGACUCUGCAGCAGCUCGACAAGCAGAUCACUGACGCCACCAAAGCCUCCAUCUCGCGUCGCCAACGAGCAGGGCUUCGAUUGAUGAGCGUGUGUUUGCAGUUGGAGCUCAGCCUGCAGAUGGACGAGAAGCUUGUGCGAAUGAUGGCGAUGCUGGAGAAAGGAGUCCCAGCAGGUUGCAAGGAGCCAGCGCAGAUAGAUGCGAAAGUGCUGGUGGAGAUUGCAGAGCGAUCAGGAUGUAAGAUGGCGAGUGAGAUGAAGGAAGAGAUCGAAUCGAUGAGCGAGGCGAUGAUGAAGCACAUGGAGCAAGUCACCGCAGCGGUCAGUGCGAUCCAGGACAAGCUGCACGACAUGGACAGGAAGAGCGACGUACAUCACGAAGAAGACAUGCUUGCUCACCAGAAGACCCAGUACAUGAUCGCUGAGGGCAACGUGGAGUCCAAGAAAGCAGCAGCGCAGACGCUGCAGGCCGUCAUGUCGAUAGCGGCGAGGAGCGGAGGGGUUCAGCCCAAGUGGAGCUCGAAGCGAGAGGCUGAGCUGCUCACCAAGGAAGCGACUCACUACAUCGACUGCACGUCCGACGUCGCCAUCCUCACCCUCCACCAGGAUGGGAUCGGGAUGGACGAGCGACAGCUGCAGAGCGAGUUCAAGCGGAUGGACACAAACAGGAACGGAUACCUGAGCAUCCUGGAGCUGAAGGCGGGUCUACGACGCUGCAAGAACAUGAGCGUGGAGGAGGUAGAAGACCUGUUCUUGGCCUAUGACUUCAACCAAGACGGCAACAUCUCUCUCUCUGAGUUCAUCUCCUUGAAACGUCCCAACCUCGAGGGCCAGCAGGGCCAGCAGGGGGAGGACGGGGAGAACUUUGCGGGCACGUGCGGUCAGAUGGGAGAGCCGACCAGGAACGGCGAGCCAGGGCAGGACGGAGGAGACGGGCAGAGCGGACUGGACGGGGCGAACGGGCUGGACCUGAUGGACUUCGAGGUGAUGCUGGAGUUUGUGAGGGAGGACCUGGAGGCCCGAACGCGCACGUACCGUAUCGAGCACUCCGGACCCAAGGGGAAGGUGAUGAAGGAGGUGGAGCUGCCGUACCCCGAGGGCAUCCUGUAUGUCAACGCUAGAGGAGGGAGCGGAGGACAGGGAGGGAGGGGAGGCAGCGGAGGCGACGGAGGUAACGGAGGAGACGGAGGGCGAGGAGAGCAGAGUACGAGUGGAGGGGACGGAGGAGACGGAGGGGACGGAGGAAAUCCAGGGAGGGGAGGAUGCGGCGGGAACGGAGGAAACUCGUCGAGGGUGAAGAUCAACACCAACGAUCCUGCGCUGCUGAUGCUGGUCAAGGUGGAUGUGUCGGGAGGCGCUCCGGGGCAGGAGGGGAGGCAUGGGAACCCAGGAAGAGGAGGGAGGGGCGGGAGGGGAGGAGAGGGAAGCGUAUACUAUGAAUCGGGUUCGACAGGACAGGGAAGCUUGUCCAUCACGAUGCACUCGAGCAAGGGCAAGGACGGGAGGCCGGGCAAGAACGGGAAGCCAGUGCGGGACCGGACGGGGAAGUACACCGGGCUGUCGGGGAGAGCAGGCCAGUGCUCCUACUGCAUCUACAACGAGCUGGGGUUGAGCGAGACGAGCGGGUAUCCUUACAGGCUCUGCUUCGACAACAAGCAGAUCGCCAAGCUCCGGCCUGUCCCCUACACCUACCGCUCGCUGUGCCCUGACGACGACUUCCUGGUGUACGGGGAGGCGGUCAGGUACGGCCCCUGCUCGCCCAUCAACGUGGGCGGGCUUGCAUGCCCGCCAUGCACCCUGCAGGGGCAGCUGUUGAUAGCUGGGGAGGCAGUGGGAGAAGGGGAGACGAAGUUUCCGGCCAUCGAGGCAUCGGUGGGGACCAAGUACGGGAGCACAAGCGCGAGCUUUCACGUGGACGUGACCGUCUCGAAGCUUAUCCGAAGAAUGCUGGCGCUGCCGCCUCCGACCGAGUACCCCUGGCCAUGGCAGUGGAGCAAGCUUCCGAGGCGGGAAGGAGUCCUGCAGCUGCGGUGGGCGGUGGAGUCGCUUCCGUUCCUGAGGAUCCAGGAGGACGCGGAGAACAAUCUCAACGUGGACAAGAAGUAUCCUGUCGCCUUCGACGUACCUCUGAGGAUCCGGCAGAACGAGCUCAAGGCUGGCAUCUCCGGCCCCGUGGUGAUCGAGGCCGAGGGGAGCAACGGCUUUUCUCUCGAGCUCGAGAACAAGUUGUCGUCCUGUGCUGUAGACGCAGACACGUUCGAGCUCGUCCUACGAGUCGCUGCCAACGGCCUCAACACCGUCAUCGAGACGGACGACCUGGCGGUGACGGAGGUGGAGGAGGAGAAGGAGGGGGCCGUGAUAGUCAAGCUGUUCCGCUACAGCCUUCCUCGCAUGGAGAAGCAGAGCCGUCUCCAGCUCGCCUUCAAGCUUUGCUUCCCCGACGCUCCUUCUCCCGGCCAGUGGGUCUGCGUGCGGCCGGAGCUCUGCUGGGAGGGCAGCAUCGUCGAGCACGCGCUCCCGCACCAGAUGCGCGUCAGCCCGUCGCUGCCGCCGGAGAGAGGAAGCGUCAAGGACGUGGUGUUCUUUGCAGGGAGAGAGAUCACAGCCGAAGACUUCCUCCUCCUCGCUCGCCUCUGCGACCUCCUCGGCCGACGAGCUUACUUCGUCGACUGCGAGCACUACGGGGACGAGCUGGGCUUCGUCCCAGCUGAGAAGCUGCAGGGGGAGAUGGGGCUGGCGACGAUGGUGUGGGGGCACGAGGUUCAAGCGGGGGCGAAGAGGAAGUUUGUGGAGCUGUUCCAGCAGCACGUGGAGCAGGGAGGAGCGCUGGUGCUGGCGAGAGGAAGCGAGUACCCCGAGGUCAGAGACUACAGCGUGAAGAGCAGGAGAGUAGUGGACCUCUCCUCUCUCCUCUCCUUCAACCGCAUCCCUCCCGGCGAGUUCAUCCGGGACGGCACAAUCGUCGGGCCCAACCUCACCAUGCUCGUGCUCGCCCUGCUGCAGACGCUCAAGACACAGGACAAGCUGUCGAUGCUGCGGUCCAAGGACGCUCUGCUCGACCUCAAGGUCUCCGAGGAGAGGGUCAACGAGUACCGCAGCGUCACCCCAGCCCCAGGCUUCUGCAGCUGCUUCUUCCCUCCCAAGCCCUUCCUCCAGGUCGCCCGCGCGCAGGCGCCGCUUACGGUCAGAGACGUGCUGCUGGCGUCUGUGGUGCUGGAGUGCAGGACGGAGCUCUCCCAGGGCCUCUCCCACCUCAGCGGCCACGCGCUGCAGCUGGUGGACGCGGAGAGGGCGAGCAACCUCGAGCUCGCGAAGAGCUUGAUGUCGGCAGCUGGGCUCUUCGCCCUGAGGGACCCCCAGCUGGCGGGGGAGCUGAAGAAGCUCUAUGGGAAGCACGUGCCCCAGCUGCUGCCGACGGCUGCUCGCUUGCUGGAGAUCCAGCUGGUUAGCCGGCUGUUCACACCGAAGCACGCUCCUGCUCCAGUGAUGGGAGGGCAGGGGAUGAAGGAGGUGCUGAGCUCGGGGACAGCUGGGCGAGGGUCGAAGAACCGGAUCUUUCCCUCGCAGGAGGGGUAG